UACAGCAACCUUAACUUUUUUUUAGAACUAAUCCCUGCGAGGAAAGGACGGCACCACUACCUAAAUUUGACUCGGACUACAUCCGUGAAUGGCGGGAACAGGAAAAAGGACCAUGCCGGACAACUCAUCUCAGUCCUCCAAAAGAAGAAAGGGAGGCAGUAAUUGGCAUAAGCGCCAAAAUGGCAACUCUGGCAUUGAAAGUGGGGACUGGGGAGUUUUUGUAUCCUGCGAGAUAGGAAAGGAAGGGAAAUGCAUCUCAGAGGUGCUUGAUCUCUUCUCCCAGCAAUAUUCCGGACUCUUCAAUUGUGCAGCUGACAUAUGCCCUGCGCACCAGAGCAUCGAAACGCCAGAUGCGGGAGGUCAAGGUGGUGAUUCCAGCUCGGAGGACGAAGAUGAUAUCGAAGCCCAAAUUAGAAAGGAAGUCGAAGGGCUGAAGCCUAGUUCGGCCAAACCUCGUCAGUUUCAGCCCAUCAGGCUGGACAUUCCGUGUGUAUCCUUUAUACGAUUCGAUAAGUCGAUUGAUCCCGAGAAACUAGUCCACCAGAUCUGCGUGGAUGCGCAUGCCAAUCCAAGCAAAAAGAGAAGCCGAUACAUCCAACGGAUGACGCCUGUCAAAUCUAUCCGAAAGACCCUCAGUGUUGAUCUAGAGGCUUUUGCACGUGAGAUUUUAAAACCUCACUUUCACUCUGGUGGGGGUCCCAAAAAGUUCGCUAUCCGACCUGCGAUAAGGAGAAACCAAAAGUUCGACAGAGACAGUCUCAUCAAAACAGUAGCCAGUGUUGUGGGACCUGAGCAUUCUGUUGAUCUUGAGAAUUACGAUCUUGUUAUCCUUGUUGAUAUUAUCCAGAAUGUGAUCGGGAUGAGUGUUGCCGGAAGUGAUUACGAGAAGCUUAAAAGAUACAAUCUGGCUGAGCUCUACAAACCAGCACCAAGCUCGCAGGAAGUUGAGUCCAAACAGUCAACUGACUGA